UACUUGUGGCUGCGGGCGCUUUCGUUCGAGGCCGUCUUAAAUUUUUAAACCCAUCCCUAGGCGGGAAAGGUUUGAUUUUUUUGCAUCAUUUAAUCGCUGCUCAUCUUUUCCGGUACCCACCAAGCAUUUGUCGUCAAGGCUCAUAUUAAUGGACAUUGCCCCUCGUCGGAGUACUAGAAAGAGGACGACAGUAUCGUCCCGUACCACACUCGCCCUUGCCCCCGUCGAGAAGAAGAAGAAGCCCCGAUGUUUGACUCGCGUGAAACCAAAUAGAAAUGAAAGGGGAGAGGAGAAGGAGAAGGGGGAAGAAGAAGAAGUCGACAUAGAAGAUUUCUAUUUCAAGAGUACCAAGAGACUGGAAAUCAGGGUUUUACUUUUGGAAUGGUAUGAUAACUACAAGAGGGACCUUCCGUGGAGAAGAAUCAGCAAUGGUUAUGAUAGUGGCGAUAAGGAUGAUGGGUAUGACAGUGAGAGGAAGGCUUACGCGGUUUGGGUUUCAGAAGUGAUGCUUCAACAGACAAGAGUUCAGACUGUAAUAGACUAUUUCAAUCGUUGGAUGCUGAAGUGGCCCACAAUUCAUCAUCUUGCUCGCGCAUCAAUUGAGGAGGUGAAUGAGCUGUGGGCAGGUUUGGGAUAUUACAGGCGGGCACGCUAUUUGCUGGAGGGAGCAAGAAUGAUUGUUGAGAAGGGAGGUGUCUUCCCCAAGACAGUUUCAACUCUUCUCAAGGUCCCUGGAAUAGGUGAUUACACUGCUGGUGCAAUUGCGUCUAUAGCUUUUAAGGAGGUGGUUCCAGUAGUAGAUGGAAACGUUGUAAGAGUGAUUUGUAGACUGAAGGCUAUUUCUUCAAAUCCUAAGGAUUCUGCUAUAGUUAAGCAUUUAUGGAAAAUGGCUGGACAAUUAGUUGACCCAUCUAGGCCUGGAGAUCUGAAUCAAGCACUUAUGGAACUUGGUGCAACAGUAUGCACUCCACUGAAUCCAAGCUGCUCUGUUUGUCCUGUAUCAGCACACUGUAAUGCCCUAUCCAUCUCCAAGAAAAAUGAAUCUAAAAAGGUCACAGAUUAUCCGAUAAAAGUUGCAAAAACCAAGCAAAGGCAUGAAUUCUCUGCUGUCAGCGUGCUAGAGAUAUUAUUGGAAGACCAAGAUGAUUCAGAUGGGCAGUUUUUAAUUGUGAAAAGACCAGAUGAAGGGUUGCUGGCAGGGCUUUGGGAGUUCCCAUCUGUACUGUUGGGUGGUGAAGCGAAGUUGGUGGAGCGGAGAGUGGCAACAGAUGUGUUUCUGAAGAAGAGUUUUGAUAUAGAUGUGAAUAAAAGAUGUGAGGUGGUUUUGAGGGAAGAUGUUGGCGAAUAUGUCCAUGUCUUUAGUCAUAUUCGUCUAAAGAUGUACGUGGAGUUGUUGGUAUUGAAAUUGCAAGGUGAGAAGAAACCGUUAUUUGGUGAUGAAAAGAUUAUAUGGAAAUAUGUGGAUAAAAAGAGGCUUUCAUGUAUGGGAUUAACAUCUGGUGUUAGAAAGGUUUACUCAAUGGUGGAGAAAUAUAAGCAAGCUAGAUCCAAAAACAUUACAUCCGAGAAAAAUACAGAAUUAAAACCUGUAAAAUUCUCAAAGCAAGCUUAGGUUUGGGAGUGGUAAGCCUAUUUUAGUUGAGAAUUUUGGACCAGACCAAAUGCAAUGAUGUCUGGUUGCAAUUGAGAGAAUAACUCCUUAUCCUUUUUGUUUACUUUGACUCAUUUGGCUCCUUUUUCUAGUAAUAUAUGUUAAGUUAUUUAUUUUCAUUCCUUUUAUAGGGUUAAA